CGAGCCAGCGCCCCUCCUUCUGCAGCGCUGACGGUACAACGAUAUAAUAAUGAUGGGUGGCUGAGGCUCGCAUUUGAACUUGCAGGCUUCGCUGCCUUUGCCCACAGCUCGGUCCCGGCUCCGCCGCUCCGAGUCAGGUGCUCGCCGGCGGGAAGCGAGCGAAGGAGGGGACACGGAGCUCCGGCACAAGGGGACAGCCCGGAACCACCGGCUCCUUCCAGCACUAACGAGGGGAUUUACUCUUUCAUGCGGCCACUGGGAUCUCUGGACUAGCCCAGCCACCACGUUGUGAUUUUUUGCUAUCUCUGCAAUACGCUACCUUUUAAGGUCAAGAUGUUGUUAAGUAUAAAAAGUAUCUUAUGGAUGUACUCUACGUUAGUUAUAACAUAUAUGCUACCUAAAGUUAAAGCAGAGAAAAAAACCCUGGUCAAGGGAUCUCUCUCUGGAACUUCAGUCCUGCCAUGCUUCUUCUCAACCACACCCACCAUAUCCUCCAGCUACGCCGCCGAGUACCUCCGGAUCAAAUGGUCCAAGGUGGAACUGGACAAAAGCGGCAAGGACGCCAAGGAAACCACGGUCCUGGUGGCCCAAAACGGCAACAUCAAAAUAGGCCAGAGCUACAAGGACAGGGUGUCUGUCCCCAGCCACUCCGAGGAGAGCGGGGACGCCUCGCUGACCUUCUCCAAGCUGCGCGCCAGCGACGCCGGGGUCUAUCGCUGCGACGUCAUGUACGGGGUGGAGGACACGCAGGGCAUCGUCUCUCUGGCUGUUGAGGGUGUUGUGUUUCACUACCGGGCUGCCACGAGCAGGUACACCCUGAAUUUCACACAGGCCCACCAGACCUGCCGGGACAACGGCGCCGUCAUGGCCAGCCCAGAGCAGCUGAAAGCAGCCUACGAGGAUGGCUUUGAGCAGUGUGAUGCUGGAUGGGUGUCUGACCAGACUGUCAGGUAUCCAAUUAGACACCCAAGAGUUGGCUGCUUUGGAGAUAAGAUGGGAAAGAAAGGAGUCAGGACGUACGGGCGCCGCUUCCCUAACGAGACUUACGAUGUUUACUGCUACGUGGAGCACAUGGAAGACGAAGUGGUCCACGUCUCAUCCCCCCAGAAGUUCACCUUCGAGGAAGCCAGGGAGCUGUGUGAGGAGCGAGGCGGUGUCCUGGCUUCCGUGGGGAACCUCUAUGUGGCCUGGAGGAACGGCUUUGACCAGUGUGACUACGGGUGGCUGGCGGACGGCAGCGUCCGCUACCCGGCCUCUGUGGCGCGGCCCCAGUGCGGUGGGGGUUUGCUUGGGGUGAGGACCCUGUAUCGCUAUGAGAACCAGACAGGCUUCCCUUACCCCGAUAGCAAGUUUGAUGCCUACUGCUAUGAACCUAAAAAAGUCACAACCGAGCCUACAACCAUUGAGCCUGUGACAUCCCUGAGAACUGACAGCGUGAAAUCGUCGCCGGCUGGAGCUCCUCUCGAACCUCCCAUCUCUGAGACCCCGCUCACCGAAGUGCCUGCCACCCAAAUGGUUUCUUUGGAGGAAACAACCCCAGAGUCUGAGGAAGACACAGACAUGACUACUGAAGUGGCUGAGGAGAAAAGAGAGAUGGAGGUGCUCAUGGAGAAUAUUCCAUUAACCACCCUUCUACCUCAGACUGUCACCGACGGCGAAACAUUCACUUAUGAGACACUGGGAAGGACUGAAUACGAUGUCUCACCCAGCCUAACAGACACCACGGCCCCAGAUUUGGAGCUGGAUCACACUUACUCUGAAGCAGAGCUGCCCGAGGAACAAGGUAGGUCUGAAAGCAUUGAGGACGCUUUCUUGACCUCUGUAAUUUUUCAGGAUAGCACAGCUGUAGCUAAGAGUUCCACUGGUUUUUGGGAAGAUGCUGAAACGGGAGAUGCACAAAGGCAUGAUGCUGAUAAUCAGACUGAGCAAAUAGAAGUGGGUCCUCUGAGGACAGCUACAGAUAGCUUCUUACAGACUUCUCGGAGAGAGGCUGCCAGGACAGGGACUUCAGAUUCACUAACAAAAGAGAAUGUGUCUCGCGGUGCCCACCUCACAAAUGCACCCACGGAAAAAUCACUGGAGGCAAAAUCCGAUGAGAAACUUACAACUGUUGUAAUCCCUAAGGCUUUGCUCACAGCUGAGUCUGCAGAGAGGGAGGGCAGUGAGAGCCUGCACACCGCUGUGUCUGGCACAGAUUCUGGGCUGGCUACUGGCCAUGCCCCAAGGUCACAAGUGCCUGCUGCAUCAGAGACACUCCUAGAUGAGCAAGCAGUAACCACUGGACAGUUUUCUGCAGUGAAAGAGUCAACUCCCUGGGUUAAAUUUAGCUCUGCAACAGCAUUUGACAGCGAGGCCUCUGCUCAAGGGAGCAGAGAGGACCUGAGGGAUGCGCAGCCCACUGUGGCAUCUGGAACACCUGUAUCCUUUUCUGUGUCAGCUGCUGAUCAAACAGAAUCUGAGGCCAUCUCAGGAAGCACCGAUGCCCUGCCAGUCUUUGGAGAAGGCACCGUGUCUCUUAUCCCCUCAUCUCAGCAGACAGAAGCAUCAGCUGUCCUAGAGGAGGAAACAAAACAGCCAGAAAUGAGGACAACAGAUGUGCAGGUCCCUCUUUCCACAGCUGCCAUUCCUCCGUGUGUUGCAGCAGAAUCUGAGGGAUGUUCUGCAAGGGAGAAGAUCACACAGGCCCCUGGGUGGCUGCCAACAGAUAAAGAGGAGGGGUAUAUGACAGAAGAGUCAUCUCACACUGGAAGGGUGAUUGAGUUAGCUACAGAGGAUGGCUUCUCUGGAAUGGAGCCCACAUCAUCUCCAGGGCACAUUGUGGAAUCCACAGUGCAUCCAGGAGCUCCAAUUUCAGCAGCUACAGAUGCAGCUGAGACAAGCAGGGAGCCAGCAGAGGCCACGAGGCAUGAAGAAGUGGUAUCAGCUGAUUCUGGUCAGAGUAGAGACACUGCAAGUGUAUCCCACACGAGCAGCUCCUUGGAUUUGGAAGUGACCACAGUAUCCAAAAUACCAGUGGAAGAAAGUAGUGCAACCAUAGGGUUUUUUAGCUCCCCAAGUGUAACUGUAUUGCCAAGUGCUGUGCCCACAGCUGUGGGGGUAACUGAGCGUGAAGGAGAUGAGACAUCAGGGACAGAGGGAACUUUUAAAUUUACAGGUGUAACAAAGGUAGAUACUGCAGUUCCACAGAAGGAGUAUGAUGCUUCCCUAGUUCCAGUUACUGUAGAGAGUGAGGUCACUAGAGAUGUGCCAAUUACUGAUCAGACUCCUUUUGAUGAUGUCUUUCAUACAGAAGCAACAGAAACAACUGCAAAACAUAGCAAGGUGUUCCCAGAGCUCUCCACACUGGACCAAGGUUUGGAACCAAGAACUGCCACGCUUUCUGUGACAUCUGCCCACACACACGAGCCAGAGGUGUCACCAGGACCUGAGUGGCCUCAAACAGCAGUUCAGGAGACACAGGAUGAGACAGGCUCAGCUUAUGAGGAGAUGUACCCAACCACAGAGGCACCUGUGCCUGCAGUGACAUCCACAGACCACAGAGGGGUUCUGGCACCUGAGGAAACCAGCACCUGGUUGCACCUCACGGUGACUCCAGCAGCUGGAACUGGUCCUGACCAGGAUGAGGAGGUCACUGAGGUGAUGCCCAUAACUGCUGGAACUGAAGCAAAGACACAGGACAGCCCAGGAACCCCCACCAGGGAGGGGGAUGAUGCAGUGAGCUGGGAUUCUGUGCCACCCUCCCAUACGAUGCCAGCAACACGUUCCACUGUGGAAAGCAUUACUGACCUGACUCUGGGAGCUUCUCCAAGCCUGGCUACGGAAGGCUCAGGAAUGACUACAGAACCUGAGGAAACCAGGCCAGCUGUGUUUGCAGCUACUGCAACAGAUAAGGCAACAACUCUCAGCAGCGUGACAACACCUUCCCUUGGUGCUGUGGACAAAAUUCAGCCUACGUCUGCAACCAAGCCUUUUGUAACUCCAAAGUCUCCACGCAUCAUUCCUGAGGAAGAAGAGGAGGUAACAAGCCAUGACAUCAUCAUCAUUGAUGAAUCUGUUUCUCCCAGCAAAGCCACCGCUGAGGAUGACCUGCCAGGAAAGAUGCUGGAGCCAGAAAUCGAUAAGGAAUAUUUCACAGCAUCCACUGCCACAGCAGUGGCACGACCUACUGCUCCACCCCAAGUGAAGGAGGCCACAGAGGCCUUGCAACCUCAGGAGGUGUCUCCUUCUGCUUCACACCCUGAUAAGGACAUAAGAUUGUAUGUUAUUCAAAUCACAGGCAAUGACACAGAUCACCCCGUGAAUGAAUUUUUGGAUCUGUUCAAUCGCCACAUGCUUCCUCAUGCAAUAGAUGAAACCCACAUUGAUGCAGAGUCAGCUCAGACUGAACCCUGUACCUCAGACUCUGUGCAGGAUUCGUCUGAAUAUAUAAUACUGGAUCCUUUCUUUCCAAACUAUCCAGAGUUUGAAGAAGACGAAGACUGUGAAAAUACUACUGAUGUUACAACCCCUCCAGCUUUGCAGUUCAUCAAUGGGAAGCAACAGGUUACCAGUGCACCUAAGAGCACAAAAGCUGAGGAAGCGAGGAGUGACCAAAUCGAAAGCGUUGCCCAUUCCAAAAAUGUAACCUUUUCUCAAAUCAACGAGACAAACACAUUUAUAAUUAAUGAAUCUGAAGCUUCUGGUACUAUGCAACCAAGCAAAGCUGGAGAAGUAAUAGGGGCGUUUGAGGUCACACAACCAACCUCAGGGGCUGCAAUGUUAGAGCCUGUCUAUAGUGGGGAGUCUGAAGUUGUUACAACAGAUAAAUCAAUAGCCACCACUUCUUCACACGAGCAGUCUCUGCAAAAUAAUAGAGAGACCAUGACAUGGCAGGGAACUGAGGAGAGCUCUACUAAAGAUAGCAAAAACCUGCUUUUGAUUUCUGGUGAAUCCUCUGGAGAUGGCUCCACUGAAUCCGAUCUGUCCACUUCGGUCUUAGAAGUCAUGACAGGGUCGAGAAAGGAAGAUGAUGAAAAAGAUUCUGGUAUAACAUCUUCUCCUGAUGCUUCUACUGUGGAAAGUUCUGCUGUAACUGCUUCUCUGGAGGCAGUUUUUAUUCCUGUUACAGUAGACAAUGUUGUAACUGACCUUAAUUCAGAAAAGGCAACCCCUGCUCCAGGAAACCACUAUAAAACAACUAUUAAACUUAAUGCAAAUUCCCCUGUUGAAAACAUUCUGGAAACAAGUCAUACAGCAAAGCCUGAGAUGAGUGCUGCUUCUUUUAUGGUUCUGGAAGGCUCUGGAGAUGUGAAAGAUAGCAUCACUGUACCUUCAGCUGUGACAGAGGAAACAGCAGUAACAGAAACACUUUCAGUGCAAGACAUUUCUUUGGGCUCCGGCACAGCACUGCUGACAGAAUUUUCUGUAACUGAUUCAGGAAUCACCUCUGCUUUGCCCAGAGCUAUAAGUACUCCUUAUUCUGAUUUUGAUCAAAGUCCUCAAGUAACUGUUGCCACCGACUCUGUGUCUGAGCUAAUUACGGAAAAAGUGUUUGCCAGUUCUCUUGUAACUGAAAAGAGUAUUGAUGAUGAAAAAGAAAUACACGCCACUGUUUAUGCAGGUCCCCAAAAUUCAGCUACUGCUACAGAGGAAAGUUUGGAUUUGAAUGAACUUGGGAGCACUACAAGUGAAGUCAGAACUGUAAGUCAAGAGCCACUCAGAAAAACAGUACCAAGCACCACAAAUUCUGAAACCAAAAAGGUCACCACCAUUCCUCUCUUGAGGGAGAAGAAGCUUUUUGUAAGUGAAGGAUCAGCAGAAGAGCCUGCAGACAUAUUUUCAGGGGGUUCCACAAGCAGAGUGGUAAGUAUUGGCUCCCCAUUUACUGAUCCAGGUUCUGGAGACAUAGAUUUUGUUGUUGAGUCUGCUACUUUGACUUCGGUCCCGUUAAGGCCUGUCACUGAAACACAAACAGAAAUUUAUGAAGGAAAAAUUUACAGCACAGAUGAUGCUUCACCAAAGGACGCAACAACAGAAUAUGAGAAACAUGCAAGAACAGAGGAGCCUGCAGUAACAGUUUUGAGUACUUGGUCAGAGAGCUUCACAGAGGGGUCUGGAGUAGAAAGUCAGAUGUCCCUGGAUAUAUUUAGUACCAAAAACCCAGGAGAACCAAACAUUGAAACAAAACCAACCUACACAGCUCCUUCUGACAUAAAAUCUGGUUCCACAAAAGAGAUAACAUCUCACAUUGCACCAGGAGUUGAAACUGGAGAUUCAGAAACGGGUGAGGCCACAUCAUCUCCAGGAUCUGUGGUCAGUAACAACCCUCAUGAGGGCUUGGUGACACAUGGUACUGGCAGUAUAAAAGCAGUAGCUGAAUCUACAGAAAGCAAAGGUGCAAAAGUUGGUUCUUCAACUGUCUCCUUGGGCAAGAUCUUCCUGAUUGAGCAUGGCUCUGGGGAAGAAUUCAAAGAUGACAGCAGCACCACAAAACUUAUGUCUAAUGGACCUACAGAAGAAAUACUUGGAGGCCAUUUCUCAAUUACUGACCAGGGAUCUGGAGAACCAGACUCAUCCACUGGAUCAUUUGCAGGAACAGCAGUUUCCCCUACUGGGAGACCAGAAACAUGGGAAAAGGAUGACAGACAGGCUGUCAGCAGCACAUCACCUCUGGAUCCUGCCUUCACUACAGAUCCUGAUGAGCAGGUCACAAGUUCUGACCAUGAGUCCUCCAUGGGGACUACAGGGGAUGUGAGAACUGAGGAGAAAACUGUUGAUGAGAUGACAGUGAGACCUUUCUCUACGAAAAUUCCUUUGAUGGAAGAGAUACAUUCUGGGGAAGAGAUGCCAAGUGAAAUUUCACCAAAAGCUACGGAAUCUUCUGAAGAAACAACAGCAGACCCAUUGUUUAAAAGUACACAGACUAGCCAUGAACAUCUGGGAUUUUUAAAUGUUCCAACUCUCAGUCCUUAUCUGGAAGAAAAGGAAUUAGAAACUGAACCUGUUAAGGAAAUACUUUUGCCAUUUAAUGAUGACAGAGUAACAGAGCCUGUAACAACUGAAAGGAAAUACAUAAGCUCUCCAGUCACAGUUAUAGAGCAAGAGCAAGAGCUGGUACAAAACAUUUUCCCUACAAAAGAUAUUCCCAGAACAUUCCUGACACCUGAGGAAGAAAAGCUGCCAAAUCACGAGCUCAUUGGUGAUCCUCUGUUUUCAGGACAGGGGUCAGGAGAUGACCUUGCUGUUCUUCCUUCUGUAGUGCCAUUUGUUGUCCAAAGGAUCAAGAGCACCUCAAGCCCUGAAACUUCUCACCCUGCACAUAUGGGACCUGGACUUUCCACUGACAUGACACAAGACUUUGAGCGAGGAAGCACUCCAGGAAAUGUUGAAGUUAAUGAAGAAGUCACAAGUGCUGUAGCUGAGCUGCUGCCAGAAACUGGAGACCCAUUCCCCACCUCCACAUUCCCCAGUUCUUCAGCUUUAGCAGAAGACAGCUCCAAGACCUUCAUCUCUAAAGAGGUUGAGGACACCACACAUUAUUUUGUUGCAAAUGAAGAACCACAGGAAAAGGAAACUGACUAUAGGAGAGGAGAAAAUGAAACAGAUAACACAACACCCACUUCUAAAGCUGUUUCUCCAGAGGAAAAUUCACAUUUUCUGAUUAAAGGUGGCACAACUCCUGUAUCUGUUAUACUGAAUGGAACUCCCAGUCCUGAAACAGAGGAAUCUCUUGUAACAUCAGCAACAAAAGCCAUGGGCAGAAUACUACCUGAGGGCUCUGGUGAAGGAUCUGGCUGGGUUGGUGUUUCAGAGUCAUCUUCCCCUGAUAUGUUAACCCAUUUCUCAAUACCCACCGUAUCCAAAGUGGAACUAAAUGUUUCAUCUAGUGUUCCUGGACAUGUUUAUUCCAAAGUUAUGACCACAGAGGCACCAGGAGAUGGAUCAGAGACUGCAGUCACUGGACUAGUCUCCCUCUUUACAGAAGAAACAGAGGUGUUAGGAAAUCCAUCUGCUGCUCAUCCAAAGACAGCUUCAUCAGAGGAACUAACAAGUGACACUGGGUUAUAUGAAAAAAUAAUUCCCAUGAUUGAUGACAGAAGAAGUGUUAUAUUGAAUGUUUCUGUUUAUGGUGAUAUCACCCUGAUUGAAGAACGGCUGCAAACCCCACCAGAAGAAACAACCAUUAUAGACAUGGAUCACUCUAAAUCAAUGCCUGAGGAUAUAAUUAGUGUGCAGACAAUGCCAAAUCCUGUUACACAGUCAACAUAUGGCUAUGAUGAUAGCACAACAGCUGAAGGGGAGAAAUAUUAUUCCACUCCCAGGUUUUCCAUAGUCAAAGAAAAGACACUUGGAUCUGGUGAUAAUCUUCCUCUGACUACUUCCAGUCCACCAAGUAGAGAGUUGGUGACUUCUGGACACAGACAAACCUCAGGUGACACGGAUUUGGGUUCAGGGAAUGACAUGAAUUUUGCAACAGAAACUCUCACCACCACGGAACCCUCUGAACUGGGCAUUUUCCUUCCUACAGUGCCAUCUCUGGCAAGCCCUCAGGUGCCUCACGAGUCCAAACCUGUUGUAACCAGCCCCACAGAAGACACCCCUGAGCCAAGCACUUCAGCAAACAACCAAGCAAUAGCAGAUCAAAGUGAAACAAUCUCUGGCUUUUCUGGGAUGGGCCAAGAAGAGCUGGCUGAUAAUCAGCCUGUGGUUCCUUCUCUUACACCAGUUGUAACUGGUGAGCCAGAAAAGGCUUUGACAGCCGGUGAGCUUGAGUUAAGUGUUGUCACCACACAGCCUACAUCCCAGCUGACAACUGUGUCACCUACCCAGGGUGCAGGGAAUCAUCCCACGGUGUACACAGAGUCAAAAUCAGCAGAGUAUGAGGAAACAGAUGCAGUGAGUUUUUAUUCUGUUCCUCAAACUCCUAAAUCCUCAGUAACUGUUCAUUUAGUAAACAGAGUGUCUGAGUACCCUGAGGUAAUCAUUACAAGCACAUCAUCAUCACCAUCAUCAUCAUCAAGGGGUUCACAUCAGUCCAAUCACUCAUCAGGAGGAAUCUUCAAAGAGGUUAGUUCUGAUGUUACAGCAACAUAUAAACCACCCACUAGUGACCUUCUUGACACAACAGAGUCCUCUCUGCUGGAGCUUUCUCCUGAGCCUGUUUCAGACAGCACAAGCACAGAAAGCCCUCCUCAGUCUGGCAGGCUUCUAACAGGUGGGACAGAAGAGACAGAAACCCCUGCAACUGAUUUAGCUGGUGAGGAAGAAGCUGCUGUUUCUGGAGAUUCUCCAUCAAUACAUGUCUUGCCUACUGCUUUUCUGAAUUUUGGAGAAAGAGUGAGCACAGAUGUUCCAAAAGUCAGCACAGCAAAAGUCGAAGCUUCCUCAGGGAGAGUCAAUAAUCCCCUCCAAGAGGAAGACAGGACUGCUGAGAGACAAAACCCCUGGCUCGUGUCCACAACUGUUUCAGACUCACCCAACAGCAUCGAAAGUGAAGGAUUUAAACCUGGCCAGGAAGCAGUUACAAUUCUAACCUCGCCUUCCCAGCUUUUGCAUGGAGGCACAGAAACACAGGCGGCUUUGUUUGGUCAGGGGGAGAUCACAACCAUCUCUUCUAACAUUGCAACAAACAGCAUUGCCCCUGGAAACAGUCCCUACCAAAACCAGCCAUCAACACUGAGCUCUGAGGAGCCAAACACUGUGGAAACUGUAACUCCAUCAUUUUCCCUUCCGGAGGUCACGAACGGAUCAGAUUUCGUGAUUGGCACCAGUGUGGGUUCAGUUGAAGGCACAGCAGUGCAAAUUCCAGGCCAAGAUCCAUGCAAGAGCAGCCCCUGCCUCAACGGUGGCACCUGCUACCCACGUGGUUCCUUCUACAUCUGCACCUGCCUGCCAGGUUUCAGUGGGGAGCAGUGUGAAUUAGAUAUUGAUGAGUGCCAGUCCAACCCGUGCCGGAACGGAGCCACGUGCAUUGACAGCCUCAACACCUUCACCUGCCUGUGCCUGCCCAGCUACGUUGGGGCUCUCUGUGAGCAAGACACGGAGACCUGUGACUACGGCUGGCACAAGUUCCAGGGCCAGUGCUACAAGUACUUCGCGCACCGGCGCACAUGGGACACGGCGGAGCGGGAAUGCCGCCUGCAGGGAGCACACCUGACCAGCAUCCUGUCCCACGAGGAGCAGAUCUUCGUCAACCGUAUUGGCCAUGACUACCAGUGGAUUGGCCUCAAUGACAAGAUGUUUGAGCGUGACUUCCGCUGGACUGAUGGCAGCCCACUGCAAUAUGAGAACUGGAGACCAAACCAGCCAGACAGCUUCUUUUCUGCUGGAGAAGACUGUGUUGUUAUAAUCUGGCAUGAGAACGGGCAGUGGAAUGAUGUCCCGUGCAAUUACCACCUCACUUAUACCUGCAAGAAAGGAACAGUGGCUUGUGGCCAGCCUCCUGUCGUGGAAAAUGCAAAGACCUUUGGGAAGAUGAAGCCUCGUUAUGAGAUCAACUCCCUCAUCAGAUACCACUGCAAGGAUGGCUUCAUCCAGCGCCACAUCCCGACCAUCCGCUGCCAGGGGAACGGACGAUGGGAUAUGCCCAAAAUUACUUGCAUGAAUCCCUCCACAUACCAAAGGACUUACUCUAAGAAAUACUACUACAAACACUCCUCAUCGGGCAAGGGGACGUCGUUAAACUCCUCCAAGCACUACCACCGCUGGAUCAGGACGUGGCAGGACUCGAGGCGCUGAGAGCUAAAUGGUGAAUUGGGGAUUUCCACCAUUUCAGCCAAAGUCAUAACUUUCUGUGCCUUUUUCUAUCACUUAUAGGAGUAUUAUCGAAAUCGUUUUGAAACUACGGACUGCAGUAUUCACGGCGCGUUUUGCAAAAAAAAAAAAAAGGAAAAAAAUAAAAAAUUACGGUGUUUAUCAGAAAAUUUAAGAAAUAAAUAAAAAAAGAGGAGAAGUGCUUAUGGGGAUAAAAGGAAACCAUUUCCAGCCUAUAAAGAUUAUUAGUUUUCUAUAUGCCAUCGGUGUGGACCAUUUUAUGAUAUGUACCAGCCUUCUGCAAUAUUUAAACAGCUCAAUUUUAGCACCAAUGAAAAUGUAAAUAAGAUGAUUUUAAUGUUGUUUGACUGUGUGUUGUUUUUAAAAUCCUGUAUAUAAAAUGAAAAGUCACACUAAUUUCAGGCAUAUUUAUGGUUAGAACGGCCUCAGAGGUCUUCAGUCAUUUAUGACGUUGUUUCUGUGUUGUUUACCUAGGCUGGAAAUGGUUGAAAUAAAGACUUCACUGACUGAAAUUUGCAAUUAUCAGGUGAAGAUAAACACACAAGUGACAUGACUUUUUUUUUUUUUUUUUUCUAAUGGGAGCUGUGCCAAUUCCCACCCACCCAAGGUACAGUUUGUGUCCCAGGAGAUGAAAAGUUUAGACAGAGCACAUAAAAGUGGCACGAAGCAUGAAUUAGGGACUGCAAUAUGGAACGUUUUUUCUGCUCUCCAUUCCAGCUUCAGCACAUGUGAGAAAGGACUGUGUGGAGGAGUUGUGUAUGACAAGGAGAGCCUUGUAAAAUUCCAAGUGCUAAUACAUUAACUUUAUCAACCAGGGCCACUUUUUUUUUUGUUUUGUUUUGGUUUUUUUUGUUUGUUUGUUUUUUCAAGAAGAGAAAAAAAGGAAACAAGGAAAAAAAUUACUUUCAUGAUAUUAACCACAAGGUCUAUAUUACAGGUCUCUGCAUUCUAAAAUGGAGGUAGACCUGGUGUUUGGGGGAUUUUUUUUUUUGUAGAAAACAAACAAAAAUCAAAAAAGUAAAUAAUUUUGUAUAUAUAACCAUUUUUUAAUCUUUUUAUAAAGUAAUGAAUGUUUGUGUAUGAAUGCUGCAGCUGUGAAGCGUACAUAAAUAAAUGAAGUAAGCCAUA